AUGCGUCUCCACUACGUUGCACACGUGAUCGCUGCAGCUCUAGCUGCAAGUGCUUACGGACUUCAAGCUGUCCCCGAUGCGGUCAACCUCUCGCCCCUGCAGACGUCUAGCGAGGCCCAGCACCAGACCAAUGUCGCUGAAAAGACCGAACGAUUUCUUCAGGAACGUCACGCUGCCCGUCAAUUGCGCGCCUACGACAACGACGACGACGACGAUGACUGGGAGAAGCGUCACCACAGGAAGGACAAGAAGAAGGGCAAGUCUGGCGAGGUCAAGGAUUGGCGAAAGGAAAAUCGCCUUCGACAACGCAAGAAGUGGAACGCUCAGAAGAAGAAACACGCUGACCAACAGAAAAAGAACUGGCUCAAGCAAAAGAAGAAACUCGACCACAAGAACUGGCUCAAGCAAAAGAAGAAGCUCGACCACAAGAACUGGCUCAAGCAAAAGAAGAAACUCGACCACAAGAACUGGCUCAAGCAAAAGAAGAAACUCGACCACAAGAACUGGCUCAAGCAAAAGAAGAAGCUCGAGGAGAUGAAACGUCGAGAGGCGUACAAAAACGGAGGUCACGCGAAUUGA